AUGGAAUACGAGAGGGAUAUUGUAGACGAGAAGAGGUCGCAGGCGUACGAGUCUAAGUUUGAAAGCGAUGAUGAGGACAAGGUCGAGCAGGCGGUUGGCUCAACCAACUUGUUUGAGAACGGAGAGAUGAAGUUGAUUCCUAUGCCAACACCAGACCCAAAAGAUCCCCUCAAUCUUUCUGAGAAGAGAAAAUGGAUUGCCAUUGGCGUCAUCUCUUUCUUUGGCUCGCUUGCCCUUGCUGCCGAAAUCAUUAUCGGCUCUCUUAUCCCCGUUUUCCUUCUCGAGUACUCUGGUGUUGAUCCACACACCCUGAACACCUUCAACUUCGCUGCGAGUUCUGGCGGCUCCAUCAACUUCAACCCACUCUCCGUGAUUCCUCCAGGCGUUACGCCAGCGCCCAUCGAACAGGUGUCUAUGCUGGCCACAAUCCCGCUGCUGACCAACGGCAUUGCAAGCUACUUCCUCGUGCCCCUUUCCAUUGGCAUCGGUCGGCGACCGGUCAUGUUAUUAAUGGGUGUAUGCGCCUGGGUUGGCGGGCUUUGGGCCGGGCUAAGUAGCUCACUUUACAGCCAUCUGGCAGCUCGAGCUUUGAUGGGGUUGGGAGCCGGUGCUGUCGAAGCGCUGAUCCCGCUGAUCAUCCAGGACAUGAUGUUCAUCCACCAGCGCAACAAAGCAAUGAGCACCAUUGUGAGCAGCCAGGGAAUCAUCAUCAUUAGCCUGGGUAUUGCGGCACCCUAUGUCGCUGCGGUCGGCGAUUGGCGUUGGUUGUACUUCAUUACCAGCGGAGCUGGUAUUGUGGCUUGGAUUUUGAUGAUUGCUUUCCUGCCUGAGACGAGGUGGAAGCGUUCAAAGGAGGAAUUGAGCGGUCAAAAGAUUUACGGCCUCGAACCUGGUGAGAAGCGACCUCGUCUUGAUCCGGACACCUAUGGACCUCGUACAUUCAAGACUACCAUCGGCCUAUUCCAAUAUGGUUUUACUUUCAAGGACGCCGGUCGCUCGAUGUUGGACACUCUGCGGACGACUUUUUUCCCCGCUGUUGUGUGGGCAACCCUCGGGAACAGUGCCUUCGUUAUUAUCAACCAGGCUGCCCAGCAGCUGGGGUCCUUCGCCUUGCUUGCUCAGGGUUGGCAGUUCAAGUAUACGGGCCUGAUUGUCCUGCCUUUCGUGCUGGCUACCGUCAUGGUCUACUUCCUGGGCGGCCCACUUUCGGACAAGGUGUCGCUCACCAUCACCAAAUGGCAUGGCGGUGUUCGAGAGCCCGAGUACCACCUUCCCAAUCUCAUCAUUCCCUUCUUCUCCGGUGUUAUUGGCUGCUUCAUCUUUGGGUAUGCGGCGGAGAAUAACGUCCACUGGGCUGUGAUAAUGGCAGGAUCGUUCUUCAUCAUCUUUGCCUUCUUGACGGUCUUGACGGUCAUCAACGUCUAUAUGGUAGAGAGCUAUCCAAUGUGGGCCGGUCCUGUUUUAGUCAACGUGUCAUCUAUGCGUCUUAUCAUUGCCUUCUUCUUCUCGUCCACCAUCACGACCUGGGUCAUCGAGAAGGGUUUCUUGGGCACAUUCGCGGUUUAUGCCGAGGCUCUCAUUGUGCUGUCACUGGGCAUCCCUGCCCUCUACUUCACGGGCAAGAAGAUCCGAAUCUGGACAGCGGGCAGCGUGGAAAAGGGAACGGUUUUGAAGAAGGUUGACUCGGGUCGAUCGGUUUAG